GUUUUUAAUUUUUCUUCUGCGCCUUAAACAUUUUUAAAUAUGUGGAGUAAUUUAGAAAAAAACAAUAUAGACAAAUCUGAAGAUGCAGUAGCUGGAAAACAAAUUCUAACAUACAAGCAGUUAAUAAAUAGCCAUACAGAAAGAUUGGAAAAAAUACAUAUUUUAAAAAAAGCUCUAUUUAUUUUUAAGUCUCCUGUAAAUAUAAAGGUUGAUGUUACUGACCAAGUAACAAUUGAUGAUUUAUUGGACAUUGAUAAUAAUGUAUUAAGUACUAUAUUAAAGAUUUUUGCAACAUUAAACUCUGAAAUUUUUUUUUUAAAAAAUGAUGUUAAAGUAAAAUUAUUUAAUUCUAUACUUUAUUAUGAAGAAUGUGAUGAAGAUGUAUCUACUGAGGGAUUAAUACCAGUUAAAAUAAGCAAAUUUCUACAAAUUUUAUUAGAACUUUCAAAUUUUGUUAAGCAUUGUGAAUAUUUGCUGAGUGAAAUACAUUGUCAAUUUGUCAAUAUUUUCAAGUUCCAACUAAUAACUGCUGAUAUUCAUUUCCAGGGUAUUUUUGAAUAUAUUGGUGAUUUACUAUAUAUUUUUGUUGAAUUGGAUAAACUUAUCAUAUCACAACCAAUUUUGCAACAACAUUGGUUUAAAUAUCGAGGCACUUUAAAUACUAUAAAAUUAGAUCCAUCAAAAUAUGAUUGUAACAUAAAUGAUAUAAUUCAAUUGGAAAAUAUAUGCAAUGAUAUUGAAUCAACAUUAUUAUCUGGAAAUAUAUUUGAAAAAAUAUUAACUUCAGAUUUUAAUGGAAAGAAAGAAAUUCAGUCCUGUGAUGAUUUUGUGAACGAGUUUAAGCUUUAUUUGAAUAAUUCUGUACUGCUAUUAGGACAACGUGCUUAUCAGAAAUCUAACAAUCUUUUGCAAAUAUGGUCACGUAUUUGCUCUACUACGGUAUUUUAUACUUAUAUAUUUGGUGUUUUUGACAAGAAAUUACUUAAACAAUUUACGGAUUUAUUAGAAAAGGUAAAUCAUCUCCCAUUAGAUGGUAAUUUAGUAUGGAAUCCAGAAAUGUUUGUAUUGGGUUUCAUAGGUCAUUUAAUCAAACCUAAUAGUACAAGAAAAAAAGAAGAAAAUUUGGAAAAAUGUAAUUUGGAAUUAAUAGAUAUUGCAAAAAAUUUUUCAAAAACCACUACUAAUUAUGUGCAACAGGCUAUGAUUUGGUUUACAAGAAGUGAACAAAUAGAAUUUACAAACUUUCAUAUCUCAAAAUUAGACUAUAUGCAUGAUAUUUGUAACUUUUUAAGUGAGGGUAUUCAAUUGUGCACAUCCAUUAAGAAUACAAUUAUAACUUUAAUGAAUCUUCACAGUAUGCUUGGUAAACCAUUAAUUAAAUCUAAUGUUAUAUUAAUCUGUAGAUUAAUUGAAACAAUGAAAAAUAUUAGUUACGUUUAUCAAAACAAUCAUAUUGUAAUGGAUAAAUUAAUAACAGAUAUAAUUCAAUAUUUUGAAUUUUUGUGCCUUUCUAUUAUUGGCCAAGUUAAAAUUUCAUGUGCAGAUGAUAGAAAUUUUAAUACAAAAAAUGUAGACAGAUUGUCAUCUUUAGAAGUAUCUGAAAAAUUACUGCAUGGUCCUCUUGUGAAAAAUCGGCCAUUAUUAAUAAAACUUGCUUUAAAUACAGCAAUUGGUUUACAAGCAUUUCCAAAAGCUCAAGUAUUGACUAUAACACAACAUUUAAAGAGAAUAGAACUCUUACAAUCAUUACAAGAUGAAAUAAAAAGUAUUUCAGAAAUAAGUUGUAUGUAUUGGCAUCGAGUUGUUUUUCCAUUAUAUUUUAAAAAUAUAAAAAAAAAACACAACCACUUUAAUGGUUUGUCGACAACAUUCGAUUUUUUGAAAGAUAUUUAUGAAGUGACAUAUUUUAGUGACAAAACUACAAAGCAAAAUAUAUAUAGUUCAUUCGUAGAUGAAAUUUUUGGUUACUUAAAUCAUCAGAUAUUAAAACCAAUGAGCCCAUUAAUUGAAAAUGAAUUACGUCUUCAUGUUAUGACACAUGUUCAUUGUGCUAAAACGAUGCUAAAUCAACCGGUUGAUACAUAUAUGAUAAAACUUCAACAUUUGCAGUUUUUGACAAGUUUUAUAGACACUAAAAAUAAAACAGAAAAUUACCUUAGUGAAACGUUUUAUGAUUUAACCGCUGUUGCUCUACACGAUUGGCAUAAUAAUGGUGUAAUGAGAACAUUAGCUAAAUACAAAUUAAACUUGGAGACAAUUGAUGAUAAAUUACCAAAUCAUACACUUGAACAAGGUUUAGAUGUACUAGAAAUAAUGAGAAAUUUAAAUUUAUUUAUUUCCAAAUAUUCAUACAAUUUAAGUAAUCAAAUAUUUAUUGAAAACUAUAGCACAAGUAAACACUUGAACACAAUAAAUAUUAGACAUAUUAGUAAUUCUAUUCGAAUACACGGAACUGGAAUAAUGAGUACUACAGUUAAUACAACUUACCAACUUCUUUGUGGAAAGUUAAAUGUAUUAUCAAAAUAUUUGUAUGAUGAGCGCGUAAAAUCAAAACUCAAAAAAGAAAUUACUUUUCUACAUGAAAUUCAAAAAACCAAUAAUAUGAUAUAUCCAUUUGAACGUGCAGAAAAGUUAAAUUCAAGUAUGAAAAAAUUGACGUUGACUACAAAUCAAAAUUACAUUGAUCAAUUUAGAAUUCUGGUUACCCACAUUGGUAAUGCACUUGGUUAUGUACGAAUGAUUAAAUCUGGAGGUCUUAACUUUUGUUCAAUUGCAACUUCAUUUAUACCAGAUUUGAAAAAAGUUAUGCAAUUUGAAGAGAUAUGUAAUGAUUCAGGAUUUACUAAAAACUGUUUAAGUUCUGGGCAUCACCUUGAUAGUGUUGUGCAUAAUAUUUGUCAAAAUAUUGCAGAAGGCACUAAUUAUUUCAAAUUAUUAAUUGAUGUCUUCAUCCAAGCUAUGGGCAACAAUAAUAAUUCACAUUUGCAUAAUUUCUACAUAAUUAUUCCUUCAUUAACAUUAAAUUUUAUUGAACAUUCAAUUAAUUCCAAAGAAAAAAUGUAUAAGAAAAGUAAAGGAGCGAUGUUUACUGAUGAUGGUUUUGCCGUAGGUAUUGCAUAUUUACUGCGUAUACUUGGGUUAAACAAUGAAUUUGAUUCAUUGAAGUGGUUUCAAUCAGUAUCUGAAAAUUAUGAAGAAAAAUUAAAUGUACUAAAAGCUCAAGAAUUAAAUGCUUUAAAAGAUGAUGCAAAGUUACAACAACCACUUAGUUUGUCGUAUACAAGACUUCAAGUUUAUUAUAAAGAGUUUAUGCUAUUAUAUUAUAAUAUUAAUAGCGCGAGAAUAUUUUUUCAGUCCAGAAAUAUUAAUUAAUAUACAUAAAUAUUGUAUUAUAUGAAUUAAAUACUAAAUCUUUUAUAGUCAUUUUCAGAUGUUAUGUUUGGUUGUUAAAUAUUUUAUUUAUAUAUUUUAUUUACAUACUCUUUGUUAACCUUAAAGUUGU